AUGGAGAGACAAGACAAGGCAGAAAACCAUAUACAGGCAUUUGAAGACAGAGAAGCCGCAAGAGCGCCUCCAAAGGUCAGCGAUCUUGUCAAAGUCUUGGAGAAAACUCUAAACGCUUCGCAUUUUUUGAACACACGAUUCAACAGCCAGAACACCACGCUAUGCGAGAAGCUUAUGAAGGCCGAAAAGCGCGCAGAUGGCUCCCACGCCCCUUUGAAUAAGGAGCUUCAAAACGCUCCAGAGGACGGAGCAUCAGAAGGUUGCGCUGGAAGAAAGUAG